AACGUCCUCUACCUUGUUUAUCCUAGAUAUUCUCUCUCUUUCUAUCUAUUGCUAUCUCCAGAUUAAUCUCGUCUCAUUCCUAAAUCCCCCGCCCCCCUUCUAUCCCCUGUCACCCGAUAAUGCAGUGAUUCUCUGCCAUGGCCGACACUACUUCCCACGACACCGUCGGCGCAUCCACCUUGGCUGUUCCUUAUUUCCUUGCUCCCUCACCUUCGCCAUCGGAACCUCCUCCAAUUGACUCCCCUGACCGUAUCUCAAGCCCAAGUAGCAGUCCCAGGGCUCCCCGUUCGCCUUCCCGUUCCCCCCCGUCCUCUCGUGGCUCGUCCCUUGAUCGCGCGGCCCAAGAACUCGAUGCCCGUCUCGCCCAAUAUACUGUGGAUUUCAGUCAAUUUCCCGGUGCGCAAGGUCCAGAUGACAACGAACUACCAGAAGAGGUGGACGAAGAAGAGGCCGACCGCCUAUCAGCCGUGGGGGGCCCCGAAGAUUUCACCGCCAAUUUAGAACGAUAUCUACUCGGCGAAGACGACACCAUGGAUCAUGAGGAGCUCGGGAACGAAGAGGAAGAAGAGGGGAAACAGCCCGAAGAAGAGCUGGACUUGGAACUUGAGCUACCUAACCAGCAGGGUGCGCAGCAGGUAGACUCUGAGGCGCAUCAACCGGCAGUGGAAGACGACGCGGAAUUAGGUGAAGAUAGUGAAUUUGGACCCCCGAUCGACAUGUCCACGCCGUCACAUCUGCUUCGCCGGGUACCAGGUCAUGCCAAAGACGUAACCCACCUUGAAAACAUCGAGGAAGACCCCGACGACGACGACGACGAACCAAGCACAAUAGCAACGCCAUCUAUUCGAAAGCUAAAAUCGCCCACCAGCAAGACUCCAGAGCAGAAAGAUGCCGAUCUGCGCCGCCAGGUUGAACAACUCACGCAAGCCGUUCACGCCCGCGACGAGCAGCUUGAAAAAAACCGCAAACGCGUUUUGGAGGCGGUCUCGGCCGGGGAGCAGAUUAAACACUUACAAGGAGAGUUACUGAAAAAAACAUCCCUUAUUGAAGAGCUUCACUCAAACCGCAGUGACGGGUCGUUCGUGUCAAAAUCCUCGAUUAGUGUAUCGGACUUCAGCACGCUCCAAAAGCAAAUAACCGACAUGCAAAAAGAGCUCCAAAGCCGAAAUUCGCACUCUGGUAUCGAUGCAGAGCGUUUGGAGACAAUCGCGAUGCUCCGCCAACAGCUGAAUCUCACCCAGGAACAGCUAAAAAAGCGGGAUGCGACUUUGGAUGAAACCAUGGCGAAGCUUAAAGAAGUCACGGCCGCCAAGGAGGCCCAACUCCGAGAGAAGAACACAGAAAUCGACGGCCUCCGCAGCCAAAUCGACGCCCAGCAGCUAGAGAUUGAUAAACUCGAAACAGAUGUCUCGCGCGCAAACCGCGAGUACCGAGUCCUGGAAGACCAAAUGGUUCUACUUGAAACCAGGAAUCGUCCGCUAGAAGAGAAGAACAGCACCCUGGAGGCUGAUUUGACCCGCGCGCAGUCGCAGGUCACAGCACAAGAGAACGCCCUCAAGGCUAUGGCAGCAGAUCUGCCCUUAGAGGCCGCGGGCAACACAUAUACUGAGAUCCUCGAGCUGAUCAAGGACCUUGGGCAAACGGAUGUUAGCCGUCCCACAAAAUCCAAAGAUCUGGGAGACCAGGAAACAGAGCAACUUCACGAGGAACUAGUCAAGCUGCGAACACAGUCAAACGAGACAGCAUCGGCCCAGAAAGCCCUCGAGCUCCAACUUGCCCGCGCCCAAGAACAAGCUGCAGAGUCCCAAAUUCUCAUCCAGUCCAUAGAAUCGGAAAACACCCGCAUGGCCAAACGAGCAGAAGACCUCAAGUCCAGCCUCGACCAGGCCCAACGGGAGCUCAACCUUCUCCGUACCGAACAUACCAAAGCCCUCGAGACAGUCCACCAUCUUCAAGCCGAAGAGAACCAAGAACAAGAACCCACCCGAACCCAACAGCCCAGUCCACCACCAACCCCGCUGACCACCCGCAAAACAACCCAAUCCUCCCUCGAAGCAACCCACAAAGCCCAAAUCACCAACCUCAAAACCUCCCACGCAACUGCCAUUUCCACUCUACGCAACGCCCACACCGACUCAACCCGCAAACUCCGCGCUCUCCUCUCCGCCUCCGAAAAGCGCGAGGCCGUCCUCCGCGCCGAGUUAGACUCCCUCCGCGCCACUCAACAAGAAGAAGACGACCAAACUCGCACCCGAGAAGAGCUCGCCAAGGAGCGUGACGAAAUCCGCUCCCUUCGCCAUGACAUCAAGCGCCUCCAGUCCAUCAUCGCAGUCAAAGAUGAAACAGCCGCUGCGAUGGACCAGCGCAUCGCAAAGUCUGUCGAGAAGCGCGAGAAAGAGUGGGAGAGACGAGUCGAGCUUCUUCUCAAGGAGAGAGAACGCAUGGGUAAGGCGUUGCUGUGGACUUGGGGUGAAAAGGAAUUAGGUGAGGAUAAGGAGAAUGGUGACGAUGAAGAGGCGCGGAGGAGGAGAAGGCAAGCUUAUCGAUAUAAGCAUGUUAAGAGGUGAAAAAAAAAAAAAAAAAAAAAAAAGCUCCCUCCC